GGCCCACCUGCGGCUGGUCAGACCGCAGCGGGUUCCUGUCUUCUAGGAGGCUGGUGACCGAUGAGGAGGAGCGGAGCUACUGAACCAACUUAUCCAGCCUUUGUUUUUACCUCCUCAUAUCCACAGAAACACCUUGCGGGUCCCCCCUCCUCCCUUUCCUCCUCCCCCCUCCGCUCCAAGAUGAUUUUGAAGGAAGAUGCGCCUCUCUCAGGUCCUCAUUGACCUUCGGAUCUCAGCCGCAGCAGCAGCGGCGCCGCUGCCGCUACCUCCUCCUAAAAACACCCGUUUUUAGCGGACUUCCUCUCAGAUUCUUUGAUUUUUUUCGCCCCCUCCUCACCAACCAAGGCAGAGGCAGAUGCUCGCUGCUCUGUCCUCCCGGCUGCUUGUACUAUGGUGGAGUUCCCAUCCCUCAGUGCUUACUGGCCUCUCCUCCGCUUCUUGGUGCCUCUGGCUAUCACCAAUGUUGCCAUCGACCUCGGGGAACAGGCUCUCAACAGGGGCAUAGCCACCGUCAAGGAGGACACGGUGGAGAUGCUGGCCAGCUAUGGCUUGGCUUACUCCCUGAUGAAGUUCUUCACUGGUCCCAUGAGCGACUUCAAGAACGUGGGCUUGGUGUUUGUUAACAGCAGGCGCGACCGGAGGAAGGCUGUGCUCUGCAUGCUGAUAGCCGGAGUCAUCGCUUUCACCCUCCACAUCUUGAUAGCUUACACAGAUUUGGGAUAUUACAUUAUCAAUAAACUCCACCAUGUGGAUGAACCUGUUGGGAAAAAGACAAGAAAGGCGUUCUUAUACCUCGCUGCAUUCCCUUUGCUGGAUGCAAUGGCAUGGAUCCAUGCAGGCAUCCUCCUUAAGCACAAAUACAGCGUCAUUGUGGGCUCUGCCUCCAUCUCUGAUGUUGUGGCUCAGAUUGUGUUCGUGGCUAUUUUCCUGCACAGUAACUUGGAAUGUGUGGAGCCGCUGCUCAUUCCGAUCCUUUCACUCUACAUGGGUGCUAUGGUCCGCUUCAGCAUCGUCGGUAUCGGCUACUACUGCAACAUUCAUGACAUCAUCCCAGAGUCCAGCGGGCUCGACGUUGGGGGUGACUCUACAAUCAAAAAGAUGCUGAGCUUCUGGUGGCCUCUGGCCCUCAUCCUGGCCACGCAGCGCAUCAGUCGACCCAUCGUCAAUCUCUUUGUGUCCCGAGACCUCAAGGGGUCCGAAGAUGCCACGAAGGCCGUGGCCGUGCUCACAGCCACAUACCCUGUAGGUCACAUGCCCUACGGCUGGUUAACCGAGCUUAGAGCAGUUUACCCUGCCUUUGACAAGAACAAUCCAAGCAACAAGAUGAACGCCGGCAGCCCGGUGAACAAGACGCACAUUAAAAAGUUUACCUUCUGCUGUUUGGCCCUGUCGCUCACGCUUUGUUUCGUGCUGUUCUGGAGCCCACAUGUGUCUGAGAAGAUCCUGGUGGACAUCAUCGGAGUGGAGUACACCUUCGCUGCGCUCUGCGUGGUGCCGCUGCGGAUCUUCUCCUUCUUCCCGUUGCCUGUGACUGUCCGGGCUCAUCUGACUGGAUGGCUUAUGACCCUGAAAAAGACCUUCGUCCUGGCGCCAAGUUCGGUUCUCCGUAUCGUUGUCCUGAUCAUCAGCCUGGUUGUGCUGCCUUAUAUGGGGGUCCACGGGGCCACGCUUGGCGUCGGGUCCCUGUUAGCCGGUUUCAUCGGGGAGUCAGCGAUGGUUGCCAUAGCAGCCUGCUAUGUUUACAGACAGCAGAGGAAUAGCGAGAUGUCCAACGAGCUAGUGGUGGAGGCUGACGACUCCGCUCCCAUGAGCCAAGUGAGCUCCCCUAACCAGAUGGACGCCAUCGAAGAACUUCAGGAGGAAGAGGACGCGGAGCAGGAGUGAGCUCCUGCAGCACAGGAAGAGGACCUUGAACUUUGAAGACGGACAGCUCGGCAUUGAGCUGUAGACUAGAAAAGGGUCUGGUUGCAGACUUCCAUGUCUGGACCUGCACACUUUAAAAAAAA